AGCCAACUCAAGGAACGUGUUUUACUGUAGAACAAAGACUUCCCCAAAAAAAGGUUUUAUCAAAGGCGUUAAUGUAACGGCAGAUAAAAGAUAUGGCAUCUGAUUCAGAACGUGAGCCAUUGAAAAAGAAAUCUCGCCAUUCUCGGAGAGGGAUAGCAAAAGAUUUUACCAAAGAUGAAAAUCUUAGCUUGAUUAAAGAAGAUACAUCCUCUAAGGUACGUGAGUCAUUGAAAGAAAAAGUGAAAGACAUUAAAGAAGAUGAAGAUCCAAGCUUGGUGAAGAAGGAUAUUGUUUCCAAUAUACAAGAGUCUUUGCAAAAGAAAUCUCAUAAAAGGAAGGCAGAAGAUGUUACAGAGGAUGAAGGUCUAAACUUGAAUUUGGAAACUGAAAUGCCAAGCUCUAGUAAGACAGCUAACUUGCCUUCAAGAGAGAAACGCACACCAUCUUCUUUUUCAACUUAUGCUUCAUGGUCUGAACCUGGAGAUGAGGUUGAUUCAAGCGUCUUAAAGAGUCCCCUUUCAAGUGAUGAUUCAAGAAACUUUCCAGCAAGUCGCUGGGGUUAUAAAGAUCUGAUGUAUAUAAAUAUUUUUUAUGAAAAGAAACCUGAUACAUUAGACACAUUUGUCAAAGAAGUAAAAGAUGCUUUUAUGAAAGAGAAAGGAUUUUGUCCAAAUAUAAGCAAAGUAACAGACAUUUUGAUCAAAGAACUUGAGGAAAUGUUGACAUUUUCUUAUGACAUGACUGAAAUUAAAAAUGUUCGCAAACUGGAUCAUAAAGAAAAGACUUCAGAAAAAGUAAAGCAAGAAAUGAAGGAAAUAGCAGAAAGAGCAAAUGCGAGGGAAAUGCCAGUGCUGUGUGAUAAAAAAGCAUUUGGACCAGCUUUGGAGAAAUUUGUACUGAGGUCUGUCAUAAUGAUGAAUUCAGCUAUAAUUGAUUUUGCAAAGGAGACUAUCAGUUUGACCAAAAGAGUAUUAUUUGGAGUUGAAAAGGAAUAUUCUUCAGGUGAAAAGGAGGCAAAGAAAGGGAAAAGUCAAGAUGAAAAUGCCUCAGAAGAGUCAUUUGAAUUUAGAGAUAUUGGUCAAAACACUGAAAACAGUUUCCAAAACUACUGUGAAUUAUUUGGAAGGAUAUUCUUUCUGCUAAAAGGUCACAUCCCAGAGAGAAUCUUUAGUUUUCAUGGGAAAAAAGUGAGGAAUACUCCAGAUCUGGUCUAUCAUUUUGAUUCAGGAAUGUCAUCUGAAGAACUCCUGUUUAUGGUGGAGGUGAAAAAAGCCCCAGUAACAGAGAAUGUGACAGAUAUAAGAGAGCUUGUUGGAAGGAAUGUUUUAGGACAAUUUGGAGCUGAGCUUUUUGGACAGUCAUUGAACUCUGUAUUUUUUCCUAAUUCCCUUGGAGUCCUCUGUAUGGAAACAAAAUUAAUUUUUGCUUUCCUGAAAAUAUCAAGACAGCAUUCAGACGGCAUAUAUAAUGGAAUCAGAGGAAAAGCAGAUGAUCCAGGGAUCAUUAAGUACACUGAACCAUUUGACAUGCUGAGAGCAGAGGACAGAUUGAAAAUGGCAGAGUUUAUGUUUUGGUUAGGAAUUGUCUUAAUGUAA